AUGAGGCCAUUCGGAGACAAUGACAACAAGACAUACUGCAUCGCCGUUGCAAACGUCACUUUCGAGGCCGGCGUUGUCUCCUGCCAAGACUCAGCAAGGAUAGUCGCCGACUCGCUUGCAGAAUGCCAGAAGCCCGACACUCUAGGACCAGAUCCGCUUGUUGAAUUUUCUCUUGCACUGGUCCCCGAGACCGUCAUGCAGGUCAACAUGAUGAAUAGAACGGGAUGGGACUUCAAGAACGGGUCCGAGAACUACGUCAAGAACAUCCUGGACGUAGCAUACCAGGGCGUAUGGAGCGCGACGACGUAUUUUCUAAACGGCCCGGAUAAGCUGACCACGACUGCGUACGAACGCGUUCAUUUGGUCCAGGCAGAGGUCACGGCCUGGAGAGUCUGGUUGUGGCUGGCUUUGAACGCGAUGUUGACGUUGACGGGUGGCGCGGUAUACUAUUUGCAAAGCCAAGUCGUGAGGCCGGUGGUACGGGAUCCGGUGCUUAGUGCGGUGAUGAUGGAUCCGUCCAAUAUUCUCAGACACGACCACGACGGUAUCUGUGACAUCGACAACGUCGAGGGCGCGGACAAGCACGACAAGCUCCUUUCGCUCAGCUGCGUGCCGCGGGUGGAUGGCCGGUGGCGUCACGAUAUGCUGAACCUCCAACGCCGAUCGGCGGAGAGGUCUUAG